CGGCAGAGAAGGAAUGGAACUUGAAAGGUAAAAAAUGGAGGACAGUCGUCGCCGCUGAUUUGGUAGGCCAAACGGGACCAGGCGUUACCCCGCUGUGAUGCAUUGGAAACUUUCCACGCUGUACCGCGUCGUGUCCAUUUCUCCUCCUCAUUUCACAGAAAACUCUUCCUGGGAGAAUCUCCAGGAGAAGAUCUACUGUACCAUUUAGCUUCUUGGCAGCUUCCUUUGCACAGCUUCUGGUCAAUCUCCACCGACACGCUUGUACCCACAUUUUUCACUUUUGUUUUUUCUCUGUUUUUUCCCUUGGUCCUUUCUCUGUUUUAUCUCACACCCACACGAAAUGAAUCCGAACAAGCAAGGAACCACCUCUCUCUCUCUCUCUCUCUCACUCACUAUAAAAUAAAUGGCAUGCGAACGAUGAUGGGCUUCUGUAUUCUGAUUGCCUCGUUUGACGUGCUUCCCCAGAUAUCUUUUUGGUACAAAGGUCUUAUCAGAUCCCACCGAAAGCUCUUGUUGCCUUCGCCUUGUUGCCUCGCUCCCGCUGAAAUCUCACUACCCUGUUCAUUUUCUCACCAAGAAACAGAAACAGAGAAGAAGCAAAAGGGAAGCUCUUUUUCUCGGUUAGUUUUGCAGAACUGAGACGGAGAGUCGCACGGAUCGUGAUGGACACGAGUAAGAGGAGCAGUGGGGUGAGGAAUGGGGUGGUGACAGGAUCAGUUUGGGAGAGGAGGAUGAGGUUAGAUGAAGUGAAAGGUGGGAUCAGGGUCUUCGGUGUCGUCGAAGAUGAGGACAAUGGCACCGCUACUGUUGUGCCCACCGCUCCUAGUUCUGUCCCAUUGAGAAAGAGUGAAGUUGUGGGGAAGAGAAGGACAUGGAAAUCAGAGAGCAUCGAUGGCCCAAUUCAGAUCGCAAGGGAGGUCAAUGAGUCGAGCAACGGUCUUGAUGAGCAUGUCAAGGAAAUGAGUUUUUCGGGCGAUGGGAUCAAGAAAAAGAAGAGCCCAAUUCUGGGUGUGAAGCAAAGGAGAGAACUUGGAAUUUCUCAGGAGAGAAAAUCAAGGCCUGAGGCCAAGGAGGCGAGUGAAUCUGUUCUUGGCGCUGAAAAGGUUGUUUCAGCUGAACCGCGGAAGAAAAAUUUGGAGCCUUCGAAGGAUUUAUGUCAAUCUGGUCAUGCGGGAUCCGAGGAAAAUUGCAAGGAGGUUGGGGUUUGUCAAGAGAGAAUCAUUUCCAGCACUGUAAGCAAUGUGGGUCAGGUCAAGCCUGCUCCAAAGGUGGUCCAUGAUUAUGACCUUCAUGGUAAUCAUGGUAGUGAUGAUGGGGAUGAAGAAUUUUUCGAUGAUGAGGGAUUGGAGGCUGAUUGCUUCGAUGAGAAAGCUGCGACUAAGGUUGAAAAACACAGCUUCGACAUCGAGAAAGUUCACACAGCAGAGCAGAAAUCCAAAAAAGUGGCAAGAGGAGAGAGAGUAGAUAAUCAUUUCGGCGAAAAGCACAAACCCAUUUGUUUUGAUGCUGUGAAACGACCUCCUUCUAUGUUGAACCGUAAUGGAGUGCACAGAAGUACUGCUUAUACUCCUCUGAGUCAGCCGACAUCUUUGUGUGCAACUAAAGAGCCGCCUGCUACCACAAAAUACUCUACUAUUCAUCAAAAUUUCGCCAAGCAUAAUACAUUAUCGGAUGAAAACCGAUGUUCCAGUGACACGCAGGAGGGAUGGCAAAUUUUGGUGGAUCUGGUGAUAUGGAAAGAUGCAUCUAAGUCAGCAUUAGCCUUUGCAUUUGGAACACUAUUGAUAAUAUCAUCCUCCUAUGCUAAGCAUCUCGAUUACAGCUUCAUUUCUCUGGCUUCUUAUCUGAGUCUCAUCGUUCUUGCUGCGAUAUUCCUGUACAGAUCCAUCGCUAGCAGGGGUUAUGUGGAUCUGGCCGCUAUGAGACGUGAGUGCGAAGAGGAAGAGGCAAUGCGGUUGGUGAAGUUGGUGCUUCCUUGCUACAGCAAGUUCUUGUUCAUGCUUCGAGCUAUUCUCUCUGGAGACCCAUCGACUACAAUGAAGUUGGCAGUCCUGCUUUUUGUUGUGGCCAAAUGCGGAAGCUAUAUGACCGUAGGGAUGAUGGUCAAACUUGGAUUUUUUGGAGCUUUCAUUGUACCAAAACUCUGCUUGACGUAUUCUGGGCAUAUAACUACACAAGGAAAGGUUUUGAUUCAACUGUUUCGAGAUUCUUGGGGUGUGUGCUCUCACAAAAAAGUCGUAGCUGCUAUCACAUUUUCAAUCUUUUGGAGCUUUUCUUCUAUCGUUGGGAGAGUUUGGGGAGGUAAGGUUUCUCUCGAUCUGAAUAGCUUUCCAAUUCGACUCAAGGCAUUUGAUAUCAGUCUAUUUCCACGUGCAGUGUUUUUUGCGUAUAUCGCAUUUAGAUAUUAUGAGCAGACUACAAGGGAUGGGUCAGCUGGAAAUUGUAGAGGAGCUGAGUUCGUCAAGAGUGGAUGCACAGGAUCGAAUACGCAGAGGUAUGGACCAACUGUGGUAGAACAAAGAAAGGAAAAGAAGGCAUCCUAAUCCUGGAUUAAUUGCUGUGUAGUCAAGUUUCAUGUGAUUGCUUUCGGCCCCAAAGAAGGCAUCCUAGUCCUGGAUUAAUUGCUGUGUAGUCACAAGUUUCAUGUGAUUGCUUUCUGCCCCAAACCAUCUCGCAUUAGACCCACAGACUCACGGCAAGCAAACAUGCUUUCGAUAUCCUCAUCAGCCGUGUCGUGGUGCCAAUGGAUGGCUUCAACUCAAGCCAUUUCGUGGAACGUGAGGUUGUUUCGAAGAGUAAAUGGUACUAUGGGUGGAUUUAGCUAAUAUCUGAUCCUGCUGGAUGCGCAACAACUGAAGUCUGGCUAACACUUCGUUCUGCAGUUUAGAUUGAUGUCAGUGACUUAAUUACAUUGUCCUUGGCAGGCAAUCUGUUCUUUAUUGAAGUCACAUUCUCACUAGCAGUUCUAGUUGUAACUGGAUGAUGUACUUUAUGCCGACCCUCUUCAUAUGAAAAUGAAGCAGGAAAAUUCAGACCCACAGCAUGAUGGCCCCAAGGACGAGUUCGGCGUCUGGGGUCACGGACGGAUUGUAGAAUGUUGUUCAAAUGAUACGGCCGAAAAUGUUGCGGACUGCUCAUUAAAAGAGUUUACUCAUUUGAUUAGUGGCUUCAUCUGUUAGGAAA